AUGAGAGAACAGGCAAAAUUAUUUAUAGAAUUUGCAGGAGCUAAUCAGACUGCACAAAAUACCACAUUUAUUGUAGCUGCUGUGAAUAACAGAGAACACACUGGUGCUUCUAUUUACUUAUAUGAACAGGGAAUCAUAAUUAGUGAUCAUUUUGAAACCCCAUCACAGCCUGAUGUAGCUAUCCUCUAUAGUGCAACAUAUAGCACCCUAACAAUAAAGAUGGGGAUGCCAAACUAUGGAGCAAACAAUGUAUUACAUUACAGAGUAGAGUACUGCAUUCCAGAAAAGCAAAACUGGGUACCAAUUGGACCUCCAAGUGAGAUUCAGUUGGUCACAAUUUCUGGCUUGCUGCCAAAUACCCACUACAGGUUCAAAUGUACAGCAGUUUGCAAGGCUGGCAUUAGUAAGGCUAGUAACAUGAGCAGCAUUAUGAAAACACUUCCAUGCUUCCCACCUGAACUUUCUCUGUAUCAGAAAGAGUUAUCUGCUGUAACAAUUGUUUGGGUUAGACCUUCUGUGGUAGGAGAAGAAGUCAGUAUCAGUCACUACAUCACUGAAUACAAAGAAUUUACUAGUCAACAAACUCCAGAGGAAUGUGCAGACACCUGGGUCCAGAAACAGACACACGAAGAUGAGACAAGAUGUGCCCUAGAGGCACUGAAACCUGAUACAUCAUAUAUUAUCAGUGUAUUUGCCAGUUGUGGAACAUCAGGUAAAAGUGACACAAGUGAAAAACUAACAGUAUCAACAUUAUCUGAAGCUUGUGGGAAAAGGCCAAUUGAGAAUAUUCUGAAAGACAGCAAGCUUAUUGAAAAAGGAACACUUUCAGUUUAUGCAGUCCCUCUAAACAAAACAUUCUAUAAGGCAAAUGGGGCAGAUAAAACCACCCUUAUAAUUGGGAUGGUUAACUAUAUCCUGGGAGUGGCAUGGAAUGAUGAUUGUAGAUUCAGAAUAAUAGAAGAGAGCACUUCUACCUCAGUAUCUGAAAGUCAAACAUCUGUAGUAACUGCUUAUGAAAUUAAUCACCAGGAUGGAUUCCAAGUACCUUACACACUUACAAUUAUUGAUACACCAGGGUUUGGGGAUACUAGGGGAAUAUCAAGAGACAGAGAGAUCAUGGAACAGAUCUCAGUUUUUUUCUCAAAUCCAUGGGGCAUUGACCAAAUUGAUGCCGUGUGUUUUGUAACCCAGGCUUCAUUGGCUCGCUUAACACAUACCCAGAAAUAUGGCCAAAGGCCACCUGUCCUUGAAGCUAUAAAGAACUCAAAAAAUCAAAUGAAGAAGAUAGUGAUGACAAAUAUGAUAAUUUUGACAAGCUGUUCUGGAAGAUGGGAAGAACAGCAUGAAUACAUUUUUGCUGCUCUGUUUAAAAUGGAAACAAGGAGUUUAUUUUUGACAAAAGAGGUACUCAAACAAAGAAAACAACUUGAGACGGCUAUUGAGGGCAUACAGCUUCAAGUACAAGCUGGACUUGCUAAACUAGAUGAAAUCAGAAAAACAAAGAACAUUCUGGAGCAGCAUGAAGCUGACAGAGAUGCAAACAAACAUUUUGUGUAUGAAGUAGAAAUAACGGUGCCAGUACAGAAGCCUAUCACAGGCACAGGUUAUAUUACCAACUGCCAAAAGUGUCAUUACACUUGCCAUUAUCCCUGUGCUAUUCCCAAUGAUGAUGGAAAACAUGGAUGUGCCGCAAUGGGCAGCAAUGGAUACUGCACAGCUUGCCCUGGGAAGUGUUAUUGGAGUGUUCACUUUAAUCAAACGUACAGGUGGGAAUAUGUGCAGAAAAAGGUACAAAAAACAACAGAUGAACUGAAACAAAAAUAUGAAAAAGCUCAUGGUGCAAAACUGAGUACCCAACAAAUUAUUGAUAAGCUUUUAGAUGAAUUUGCAGGCGUUGGAAGCAUUGUACUUGAACUCAUUGAAGUGUCCUCAGAGUGUGUUUCACGUCUAGAAGAAAUAGCACUGAAAGGAAACCCACUCUCCAUGCCCCAGUACAUUGACUUGCUGAUUGAAGCUGAAAAAACAGAAAAAAAACCUGGUUAUAUGGAUCGCAUAGAAUCACUUAAAACUGUAAGGGAGCAAGCUGUGUUGAUAGACAAAAUUGCUCAUAAAGAGCAGUUACUACCAGAACAAUGGAAACAAUACCAAGCUCAAACACAAAGGGCAAAAGGAUGGAAAGAUAAAGCAAAGGAGACACUCCUGAACUUUUGGAAAUGGCUUGUGGAAUACCCUAUUAAUUUUAAAAGUGAUACCACAAGGAUUCUAAGAACGAAGAUACAUAUUGGUGGUACCACCGGUGACUAACUGGCAACCAAGAAAUGAGAAUUGGAUUUGACUUUGCAGUAAUUAACUGUAAAAUAAUCACUAUUAACA